AGCGUAGCUGUGGAGGGAGAGCCGACGCCUAGCAUGCUGGGGCUUGUAGUCUUCUCCCGGCGCCUCCCCGUGGGUUUGCGACGUUUAGCGACUGUGGCGCCUGCGCGCGCUGGGCCGGCGGGGCUGGGGCCGUGGCGGCUCGUGCCGGGUGAUGCUAGGCGUAUCCCUGGGCGCUAGGCUGUUGCGGGACGUGGGUGGCAGGCGCGGGCAGUUCGGGGCGCGAGGUGUCAGCGAAGGUAGCGCAGCCAUGGCGGCAGGGGAGAGCAUGGCUCAGCGAAUGGUCUGGGUGGACCUGGAGAUGACAGGAUUGGACAUUGAAAAGGAUCAGAUCAUUGAGAUGGCCUGUCUGAUAACUGACUCUGAUCUUAACAUUUUGGCUGAAGGUCCCAACCUGAUUAUCAAACAGCCGGAUGAGUUGCUGGACAGCAUGUCAGAUUGGUGCAAGGAGCAUCACGGGAAGUCUGGUCUUACCAAGGCAGUGAAGGAGAGUACAGUUACAUUGCAGCAGGCAGAGUAUGAAUUUCUGUCCUUUGUACGACAGCAGACUCCUCCGGGGCUCUGUCCACUUGCAGGGAACUCAGUUCAUGCAGAUAAGAAGUUUCUUGACAAACACAUGCCCCAGUUCAUGAAACAUCUUCACUAUAGGAUAAUUGAUGUCAGCACUGUUAAAGAACUGUGCAGACGCUGGUAUCCAGAAGAUUAUGAAUUUGCACCGAAGAAGGCUGCUUCUCACAGGGCACUGGAUGACAUUAGCGAAAGCAUCAAAGAGCUUCAGUUUUACCGGAAUAACAUCUUCAAGAAAAAGACAGACGAAAAGAAGAGGAAAAUUAUAGAAAAUGGAGAAAAUGAGAAGCCUGUGAGUUGAUGCCAGUUCUCAAGCCGCAGAGCCAGGCUCUCAGAAGCCACCCUAGUGUCUCUCUCUCCUGCUCGCCACUCGGCACAACACCUUUUCUAAAGAAAAAAAAAAUUCUUUCUUCCGGUUAACUUUGCAUCUUCAGACUCCACAAGCAGACAAGACAUCACUAUGCCGUUUCUUCUAAUGUGCUGUUUCUGUUCGGACAGGGCGGCGCCUUUGUAAGCUUCAGGCCACGCCCACCCCUCAGUCCAUAUCUGCACUUGCUUAUAGGCCAUUCCUUUUGUUUGAUUAAUAAAUAAAGCUAGUUCUAUUGAAAUGCAA